CGCCGCGCCUCCAGUCCGACUGCUAGUUCCCGCGAGCAUGAGCGCGUUUUGAGUGUUCGAAAAUCGAAUUUCGCGCCGAAAUAUUUGAAGUGUUUACGUGAACAGUGAAUUAUAUUUUUUUCGGCCAGUGUUAUUUUUUUUUUCUAAAUGGAAAAAGGCCGCACAAUGCCUGUCAGGGAAGGCGCGAAGCGGCCGCUAGUCGGCGUCAUAGACGAUGGAACCAAGACUGUUAGAUUUGUGAUAUAUGAAGCAGAGCGAUCAGAUGAGCUGGUGGCGUACCAAAUGGACAAAACAGAAGUCCAACCCCAUGAGGGCUGGAUGGAGCAAGAUCCCUUAGAAAUCAUGCAUCACAUCAAAUUGUGUGCGGAAAAUGCCAUCGAUCAGCUGACGGAACUAGGUUAUAGUAAGGAUGAUAUAGUGACGUUAGGCAUCACAAAUCAGAGGGAGACGACGAUCGCGUGGGACAAAUAUACGGGAGAACCUUUACAUCCAGCUAUUGCAUGGAACGACAUCCGAACAGACAGCACAGUGGACGCGAUUUUAGCCAAAAUCCCUGACCGUAACAAGAAUUAUUUUAAGAACAUCUGUGGUUUGCCCAUUUCUCCUUACUUCUCUGCGCUGAAAAUGCGUUGGAUGAAGGAUAAUAUUAAAGCUGUGAGGCGAGCCAGUCGCGAUAAGAGACUGCUUUUUGGAACUGUUGAUACUUGGAUUAUUUGGAAUAUGACCGGAGGUCCACACGGCGGUUUGCACAUCACUGACGUCACAAACGCGUCUAGAACACUUCUGAUGAAUCUGGAAACUUUGAAUUGGGACCCUAUAUUGUGCAGGUUAUUCGGCAUCCAUCGGGACACGUUGCCGACAAUUCACAGCAGCUCAGAAGUGUAUGGUACAGUGAAGGACGGUUCCUUGCUGGAUGGCAUUAGGAUAUCUGGUAUCCUAGGAAACCAGCAAUCAGCCCUAGUAGGCCACAACUGCCUUCAAGCCGGUCAAGCUAAGAACACCUACCGAAGCGGGUGCUUCUUACUAUACAAUACGGGAACAAGACGGGUUCAAUCAACCCAUGGGUUAAUUACUACAGUGGCUUAUAAGUUAGGACCUGAUACACCUGCGGUUUAUGCUCUUGAAGGGUCAAUCGCCGUAGCGGGAGGUGCAAUGAAGUUCCUCCGGGACAAUCUCCGUCUGAUCAAGGACGUCGUCCAGGACACUGAACACAUCGCGGGACAGGUGUUUUCUACGGGGGACGUGUACUUCGUGCCCGCGUUCAGUGGACUGUACGCUCCUUAUUGGAGGAAGGACGCUAGAGGAAUCAUUUGCGGUCUGACUGCAUUUACAACUAAGAAUCACAUCAUCAGAGCGGCUCUAGAAGCUGUUUGCUUCCAGACCAGGGAUAUUUUAGAAGCGAUGAACAAAGACUGCGGUAUGCCCCUAGCCAAGCUGCACGUGGACGGCAGAAUGACUUCCAACGAUCUGCUCAUGCAGUUGCAGGCUGAUCUCAUCGGUAUUCCUGUGUUGCGAGCGCAAGCCUGGGACAUGUCGACCCUGGGCGUGGCGGUGGUGGCGGGCGGCGCGGCCGGCGUGUGGAGCGACGCCUGGCGCACGCACGACACCCCCAAUGACACCUUCCUGCCCACCACUACUGAUGACGAUCGCGACGCCCGAUACACCAAAUGGAAGAUGGCCGUCCAACGCUCUCUCGGCUGGGCUACAACUAAAAAAUCAUUCACCAUGACAGGUCAGGCCAAACGAAAAACUAGCAUGAUGACCCAACAAAGUCUAGACGUCCAAUCUUUACCCGACAGCAGAAAAAACUCACUAUUCGACAACCAUACUUUAAACUUACUAGACGUGAAAGUCGAUAAAAAUUUCGACGAAGGAGUCAAUUCUUAUGUUGAAGAGUUACUCCAGUAUUCCGCUAGAAAAUUCUCAAUCUUUGUCCCCGUAAAAAAACUUAAAACGGAACACACUAUUUUAGAUGAUAUAGAUUAUUUUAUGAGUAAAAAGGAAUGUGAUUAUGGUAUGUGCGAGUGUUGUCCCAUUGAGAAAAAGGUGCAAACUAAUUGGGAGUCUAUUGAGGAGAUCAUCGAAAAUGAUCCCGAAAUUAUUUUCGAUUGCGACGAUAAUCCUAUUGUAGUCGAACCCGUCAGAAGUUCUGAACCUAUAUUUCUGACUUCUGCAAUAAGUAUGGGUGCCGCUACUUUGAGCAAGAAAAUUAAUUUCGAUAAGUUACCGGCUUUGUUCAAGUCGAUUUACAACAAAAUUUCUAGUCCAAUGACGUGAAUUUUUUUCGUUAAAAUUUUGUGUAGUAAUUUAAUUUGUUACUUAUUUUACUACUUUGGGCUGUUAAGCCUGGCUUGGCUGUGUUGCCAUAGUAAAGUUCCUAUUACGAGUUAGGAUUUAAUUACUACGCGGGUUUUUUGUUGCCACUUUAAUACUUUGGCAGCAAAUUUUAAUGGCUGGCAACAUAAAGUAUACGUCAAAAUACUAACAGCUAGAAAGAAGAUCUAAUGCUUUUCUAUAAAAAUAGGUCCAAAACUGUCAAAUGUAUGUCGAAUGACGUCAAAAAGUCGAAACAACGAAUAUAUAGGUGUUAUUAUUAUUGUUAUGUAGAUAAUUUACGUCCAAUCCCAAUAUGCGAACUAUCUGUAGUUUUGCUCACUAGACAUAAGAAAUUGACAUUACUUCUAUGGGGUUUAUGUCAAAAUUCUGUCUCCAGUAAGCUAAUGAGCAGAUCGAUCGAAUAUUGGGACCGGCUGCUAGUAUGUUACUACAAUUUGUUAUUAUUGAAAUGUGAUAUUUUCGAAUUAAUUAUGUUUGAAAUUCAUUAGGCGUAUUGUACUUAAAAUACGUAAGUACUAGUGUAGUCUUAAGGCCGAUCCCGAUAUUUAAACUAUCUGUUCAUUUGCAUACUAAAGAUAGGAAUCUAUCUCUAGUAACCUAAUCAAUGGAUAGUUAAGAUAUGGGGACGGCCGUUAAAAAUAAUGAAAUUAGGUUUCGAUACUCCUUAAAGCCAAAUUAAAUGUAGUUCGUUCCCUAAGGUAUUAAUAUAAAAGACAUUAUAGUAUCUAUUUUAUUUUCUUGAGAAAUUCAAAAUGUGUAGAAAUUGCACAUAGUAAAUCUGAAUUGGGUCAUUAUUUAAUUUUCAAAAAAAUCUAACUUUCGUAUUAUAUUUUUAUCUUUAUUUUUAAGACCGUGUUUUGUCCAAUAAAUAAAAUAAGAUACCAUACCACAUUUUUCUAUCAUUUUUAAGACCGUUUUUAAGAUUUUAAUGUUGUAUUAUGCAUGCGAAUUUUCAGUAUUAAUUCAGUUUUAUAUAAUGCUUGAACUAGGCGUUAAAUAAAGUAGAUCUUUCCAUAUUAAAAUACUUAAAGAAUAUUUAGGUAAAUUGAAUAAAAAAUGUUACAAACUUUUUCUCUUUCUAUGUGACCCUUUUCAAUAAUAAUUGUGCUUCUGAAUAAUUCUUAGUUCCUUAUUUCGCUAGAAUACUGUGUCGUCUUAAAUGUAAUUUUACUAACAUUAUAAUAAGACUGGUAUUAACUUGAAUAUUGAAUAAAAAUAUUUAUUUAUCCUU